CUGUCAAUCAAAGCAUCUCCCUCCAGUCGAGAGAUCAGGAAUGAUAGAGGCAUACUGUUCGAGCAAAGCAAGCUGAAUUCAACAGAAAGACCAAGAUAAACAUCUGAAGCAUGGCAACCAUCACCUGCACCAGGUUCACUGAGGAAUUUCAGCUUUUUGAAGAACUGGGCAAAGGCGCGUUUUCUGUGGUGAGACGCUGUCUGAAGGUCCUCACAGGACAGGAGUAUGCUGCAAAGAUCAUUAACACCAAGAAGCUUUCAUCCAGAGAUCACCAGAAACUGGAGAGAGAGGCUCGUAUCUGCAGGCUUUUAAAGCACUCAAAUAUUGUGAGACUUCAUGACAGUAUCUCUGAAGAGGGUCACCACUACCUAAUCUUUGAUUUAAUAACUGGAGGAGAACUUUUUGAAGAUAUUGUUGCGAGGGAGUAUUAUAGUGAGGCUGAUGCCAGUCACUGUAUUCAGCAAAUCCUGGAGGCGGUUCUUCAUUGUCACCAGAUGGGAGUGGUCCACAGGGACCUGAAGCCUGAAAACCUGCUGUUAGCGUCCAAGUCGAAGGGAGCGGCAGUGAAGCUGGCUGACUUUGGCCUGGCGAUUGAAGUGGAAGGAGACCAGCAGGCUUGGUUUGGCUUUGCUGGAACCCCUGGCUACCUGUCUCCGGAGGUCCUGAGGAAAGACCCUUAUGGAAAACCAGUUGAUCUGUGGGCCUGUGGUGUUAUUUUAUAUAUCCUCCUGGUUGGAUAUCCACCGUUUUGGGAUGAGGACCAGCACAGACUCUAUCAGCAGAUCAAGGCUGGAGCUUAUGAUUUCCCUUCUCCAGAGUGGGACACCGUUACCCCUGAAGCAAAGGACCUCAUCAACAAGAUGCUAACCAUUAACCCUGCAAAGCGUAUUACUGCUGCAGAGUCUCUCAAACACCCCUGGAUUUCGCAUCGCUCCACGGUGGCGUCCUGCAUGCACAGACAGGAGACGGUGGAAUGCUUGAAGAAGUUCAAUGCGAGGAGGAAGCUCAAGGGAGCUAUCCUCACUACAAUGUUGGCGACAAGAAACUUUUCAGGGAAUAAGAGUGGAGCUAACAAGAAGAACGAUGGGGUGAAGAAAAGGAAGUCCAGUUCCAGCGUCCAGCUCAUGGAAUCCUCUGAAAGCACUAACACCACCAUUGAGGAUGAGGAUACCAGAGGGAGGAAGCAGGAGAUUAUUAAAGUGACAGAGCAGUUGAUUGAAGCUAUCAGCAAUGGGGAUUUUGAGUGUUACACGAAGAUGUGCGACCCGAGUGUCACCGCUUUUGAACCCGAAGCUCUAGGAAACCUGGUGGAGGGACUUGACUUCCAUCGAUUUUAUUUUGAAAACUUGUGGUCUAAGAACAGUAAGCCGGUCCACACCACAAUCCUGAACCCCCACAUCCACCUGAUUGGUGAGGAAGCUGCCUGCAUUGCUUAUAUCCGCAUCACCCAGUACAUUGACAGCAGCGGUCUGCCGCGUACCGCACAGUCAGAGGAGACGCGCAUCUGGCAUCGCCGUGACGGCAAGUGGCAGAUCGUUCACUUCCACCGUUCCGGCACUUCUUCGGCAAUUGCUAAUUGAACUAUCGGAUUUAGGAAAUGAGCUGCAAGACUCUCCUUAAAGUCUCCAAUCAGCUUUCCAUCCAGGAGCUGUCAGAGGUCGGAUCACCAGGGGAACUGAAGUCCGUCGCAUUUCAUAUCUUACUUGAAACCUGUUUACACUUCCACUAAGUCAAUAUGAAUGGUAUUAUAAAACACUAUCAUUUAUAUAUAUGUAUAUAUAUAUAUAUA